GCCUGCAAAGCACCGAGUCUGGAGCUCUUGAUCAAUUCGCACGUACCGGGCACUUUUGCGGCAGCAAAAUAGCUGCCAUAUUCUUUGCAUAGACUCGCUGCGUUUGGCGAAUGUCUCUGACUUCCGCGAAACGACUACGGAAAGAGAUGCACAAGCUGCAGACCUCCCCACCGGACGAAGACAUCAGGAUGUCUGCCGACGAGGACGACAUUCGACAGUGGCGGGCGUACAUUCGGGGGCCGCCAGACACACCGUUCGCAGGAGGCAUCUACGAGCUGAAAAUCACGGUGGGGCAACAGUACCCCAUGGUGCCUCCAUGUAUGCGGUUCGUCACGAAGGUCUUCCACCCCAACGUGCACUUUAACACUGGCGAAAUCUGCCUCAACAUUCUCAAGAAAGAUUGGUCUCCUGCGUGGAGCCUGCAGGGGGCCUGCAGAGCAAUCCUGGCCCUGCUUGCUCACCCUGAGGCAGACAGCCCCCUCAACUGUGAUGCAGGAAAUAUGGUGAGAGCAGGCGACAUGCGAGCCUUUCGAUCCGUGGCUCGAUUAUACAACGAGGAGUUAGCGUCCAAGGAUUGGCCGGCAGAUUUUUGAGUGAUAACGGUCCUGAGAAAGGCUUGUGGGACAACCAUCGAUAGUGUUUGUCAACCAAGUGCAUGGUCAUCGAACGGCCGCGUGGUUUCGGUCAAGGCAUUUGUUCUGCCCGGCAACCCAUCCAUCAAGAGGAGGCCUGC